AUGCCUGCAAUGGACAUCAAGAAGCACAUUCUCCUCAACCUUCAGCUCGACUCCAUUGAGCUCGAAGACUUCUCCAUCACUACUGCUACCACCAAGCGCGGUACUCAAGAGAUUCACACCGUCUACGUUGUUGCUAGCAACCCACGUAUGACCAUCGCUCGCGCCUCAGGCAACACUCUCGACGAAGCCAUGCAAGCCCUCCUCAAAGUCACCAGCAAUUGA